GGCAGGAGGAAUAUUUAUCUGUCCCCAAGGCUCUGAAGAGGGCAGAAGGAGGGGCACACAGCUGGAGUCCGGGGUGGGGAAGGAGCGGGCCUUGGGGGGUUUGGUGAGGCCGACCUUUGAGGCUCUGCAAGGUCAGGGCCUCCAAGACCUCCCCCCUAGACCUCCAAAGUCAGACUAGGUCUGGCUUCGAGGAAGCCGGUGACCCUGAGAUUGGUGUUGGGGACACUAGGUCAGCUCUCCACCCCCCGGAGCCCUCUCAGACCUCGCCUGCUGCCCAGUAAUUUUGGGAUGUGUGAGUCAUGGGAGGAUUCCAGGACAAACAUUCAGGAAGAGGAAAAGGCCAUUCCUGUUUUUCUCCCUGGGGGUGGGGAUCGGCUGGGAACUGUGAGGUGGCAGUGUGUGGUAGGGUCCCCUAGCAGCCCUGGUAGACACGAUCAGCUUGCAGGACUCUACCAGCUGCCAGAUGCGGGGGAGAGACCUCAGACCUCCCGGGACCUGGCCAUGAGCCUGGAUCGUGCUCCAAGCAGCAGUUUGGCCCAAGUGGGGACCCUCUCACAAGAGACGCCGAGCGAGAGCCACCUGAACCUGCUCCCUAGAGUCACAGAGCCCAGUCGGCUCAGGGCCACUGGCUGUCCUGCCUUCCAGCUCUCCUGGACCUAAGACGUGGAUGAUCAUAUUUUGGGGCUCGGAGCACCAGAGCCGGACUGACACAGUUUGCAGCUUCGCUCUGUUACUUGUGUAGCUGAGUGAGCUUCGGUGUCUGGGGCCUGGAUGGAGAACGCGUCUCUCAGCUACGAGUACGGGGAUUACGGCGAGAUUCCGGAUCUCCCUGUGGACUGUGCUGACAGCACCUGCACCUCCAUUGACCCCCUCCACGCAGCCCCUCUCCUGCUGUAUGCCGCGGUCUUCCUGGUGGGGAUGCCAGGCAAUGCCAUGGUGGUCUGGGUGACCUGGAAGGAGGCCCGCCAGAGGGCCGGUGCCACCUGGUUCCUCCACCUGGCCGUGGCGGAUCUGCUCUGCUGCUUGUCUCUCCCGAUCCUGGCGGUGUCUGUCGCCCACGGGGGCCGCUGGCUGUACGGGGCAGUGGGCUGUCGGACCCUGCCCUCUGUCAUCCUGCUCUCCAUGUAUACCAGCGUCCUCCUCCUGGCUGGUCUCAGCGCUGACCUCUGCCUGCUGGCCGUCAGGCCCACCUGGUGGGGUGCAGCUCGGCGGGCGUGCAGGGUGCGGGUGGCCUGUGGGGCAGCCUGGACCCUGGCCUUGCUGCUCACGGUGCCCUCGGCCAUCUACCGCCGGCUGCACCAGGAGCAUUUCCCACGCCGGCUGGAGUGCGUGGUGGACUAUGGCGGCUCGACUGUGGCCGAGAACUUGGUGACUGCCAUCCGGUUUAUUUUUGGCUUUCUGGGGCCGCUGGUGAUCGUGGCCGGCUGCCACGGUGCCCUCCUAUGCCACGCGGCCCGACACCGCUGGCCGCUGGGCAUCGCUGUGGUGGUGGGUUUUUUUAUCUGCUGGGCCCCCUACCACGCGCUGGGGCUAGUACUCACCGCGGCUGCCCCUCACUCCACGCUCCUGGCCGGGGCCCUGCGGGCCGAACCCUUGGUCGUGGGCCUCGCUCUUGCUCACAGCUGCCUCAAUCCCAUGCUCUUCCUGUAUUGCGGGCGGACUCAACUCCGUCAGUCACUGCCCGCUGCAUGUCGCUGGGCCCUGAAGGAGUCACAGAGCAAGGAUGAAAGUGUGGUCAGCAAGAAAUCCACCAGCCAUGACUUUGUCUCAGACGUAGAGGUGUAGGCUAAGAGAAACUGGUUUGUAUCCUCCUAUCGCAUUUUAUAAGACUGGCUUAAGGCAGAGCUGUAUCCAGGGGCUUACUGAUAUUGUCAUUUAUUCCUCUAUUCAUUCAACAAACAUUCAGCAUGCACCUACCAUGUGCAAGACCCUAUUAUAGGCACUGGGGAUGAAGCAGUGGCUAAAACAGAGAAAUCCUUUGCCCUAAAGGAGCUCACAUUUUAGUGGAGGAAGGCAGACGUUAAGCAAAGAAAUAAAGGAAUACAGAUUAUGUCAA